AUGCAAUAUGACCUUUCAUCAUUUAAUGUACGAAUCAUACCGAUGACUGAAGCCAAACAAGAUUUAAUUGAAUUAUCAACAAAUCCUUUAGAUGAAUGGAUAAAUACACAUUAUGAUGAAUUGUGUGCAGGUAUGACAUGUAAAAAUGCGCUAUUCUGCAAACCAUCAGACAUGAAAGACAAGAAUUUCCAAAUGAGCAUUAAGGAUAAAUGUGAUAGGAAACAGAGAAGAAUAGAUGGUAAACAAACAUGGUGUUAUGUUUUGAAAGAAGAAAUGAAAGGAUUAUAUAAACAGGUUGAACCAAACGAUAAUGAGGAUUCAUUUACUGACGAUGAAAUACCUGUAAAUGAAGCUUUAUAA